AUGGGACACACGGUGCACAGAGGAUUUUCUAUGAAUCGCUAUUGUGUUUUCCUUUUCAUCAGCUUGCGUUUCGCAUACGGAGAUGUGAGCUACUCCAUUGCAGAGGAGAUGAAACGAGGGGCUCUGAUUGGAAAUAUCGCCAAAGACGUCGGCCUCCGGAUUGCCUCACUCUCCUUGCGUAAAGCUCGCAUUGACACAGACAGGAAUGACAAGCGGUAUUGUGAUAUUAACCUGAGCACUGGGGAUUUAAUUAUUACUGACCGGAUCGACAGGGAAGCUCUUUGUGGUAAGAAGGCGACGUGCGUUUUAAAAGAGGAGCUUGUUUUGGAAAACCCGUUAGAGCUUCAUAGUAUCAAUAUUCAUGUACAAGAUAUAAACGACAACGCCCCACAGUUUAGUGAGGACUUGAUUUCAUUUGAAAUAAGAGAAUCUGCAGCCAGAGGAGCUACAUUCUUACUCACUGAAGCUCAAGAUGCAGAUAUUGGUACAAAUACUGUACAACGCUACGAUUUACAAAAUAAUGAACAUUUCACUAUUAAUGUAGAUACAGGCAGUGGAAGGAAACACCCUAAAUUGGUUUUGGUAAAAGAAUUAGACCGAGAGCAAGAGAAAGAACUCAAACUAGUUAUGACAGCUCUAGAUGGAGGCUCUCCUCAGAGAUCCGGUACUGCGAUUAUUCACGUGACUGUUCUGGAUGCUAAUGAUAACGCCCCAGUGUUUAGUAAUGCCGUUUAUGAAGCCAGUCUUCCUGAAAACGCACCUUCAGGGACAGUCAUCAUUACAGUGAGUGCAUCUGAUGCCGACGCGGGACCCAAUGGUGAUAUUACGUACAAUUUUGAUCAUGUUUCUGAUGACCAUGUCUCGUUGUUCUCGCUUGAUCAUAAGACAGGAGACAUACGAGUAGUCGGCUCUAUCGAUUAUGAGACUGAGACCUCCAUUGAAUUGCGAAUAAGAGCAAAAGAUGGACCAGGUCUUACCUCGUAUUGUACAGUGAUUUUAGAUAUAACAGAUGUCAAUGAUAACCCUCCUGCUAUCACUUUGAAAUCACUGAUUAGCCCGAUACAUGAGAACGUGUCACCUGGUACAGAGGUGGGCAUCAUCAACGUGCAGGAUAGAGACUCUGAGACUAACAGACAGGUACGCUGCUCCAUUCAGCAACAUGUCCCCUUUAAGUUGGUUCCUUCAAUUAAAAACUAUUAUUCUCUGGUGACCACAGGACAACUGGACCGUGAACUAGAGUCUGAUUACAACAUUACAAUCACUGCCACUGACGAGGGCUCUCCACCUCUGUCCUCCUCUAAAACUGUCCAGUUGUCUGUAGCAGACAUCAACGACAACCCACCUGUGUUUGAGGAACAGUCCUACAGCGCUUAUGUGACUGAAAAUAACAAACCUGGCUCCACUUUAUGUUCCGUUACUGCUCGAGACCCCGACUGGAGACAAAACGGUACCGUGGUUUAUUCUCUGUUACCUGGUGAGGUGAACAGCGCCCCGGUGUCCUCCUAUCUAUCCGUUAACGGAGACACGGGGGUGAUCCACGCUGUGAGGUCGUUUGAUUAUGAACAGUUAAGGAGUUUUAAAGUGCACGUGAUGGCCAGAGACAACGGUUCUCCUCCGCUCAGCAGCAACGUGACCGCCAGUGUGUUCGUAUCGGAUGUGAAUGACAACUCUCCUCAGAUACUGUACCCCGCCCCGGAGGGCAACUCCUUCAUGACCGAGCUGGUCCCCAAAGCUGCACACGGAGGCUCUCUGGUGUCCAAAGUGAUCGCGGUGGACGCGGACUCCGGACAAAACGCCUGGCUGUCCUAUCAUAUAGUCAAAUCCACUGAUCCGGGUCUUUUUACCAUUGGUCUCCACAGCGGAGAGAUCAGGACCCAGCGGGACAUUUCUGAGUCUGACAGCAUGAAACAGAACCUCAUUGUGUCCGUGAAGGAUAACGGACAGCCCUCUCUCUCUGCCACCUGCUCCAUGUAUUUACUUAUUUCUGAUAACUUGGCUGAGGUGCCAGAACUGAAGGAUAUUUCUUAUGACGAGAAGAACUCCAAACUGACCUCUUAUCUGAUCAUCGCGCUGGUGUCUGUGUCCACCUUUUUUCUGACCUUCAUCAUCAUCAUCCUGGGUGUGAGGUUUUGUCGCAGGAGAAAGCCCAGACUGUUGUUUGAUGGAGCAGUUGCCAUCCCCAGCGCGUAUCUCCCUCCUAAUUACGCAGACGUUGACGGCACAGGAACUUUACGCAGCACAUACAAUUAUGACGCGUACCUGACAACAGGUUCUCGAACCAGUGACUUUAAGUUCGUGAGUUCUUACAAUGACAACACGCUGCCUGCUGACCAGACUCUGAGGAAAAGUCCAUCAGACUUUGCUGAUGUGUUUGGAGUUUGUGAUGCUUCUCCUGAGGUAGGAACAUCUUCCAUAUUAAUGAACCAUCUAAAAUCAACUAUCGAAACACUGUACCAAUAUCCGCAUACGGAAGCCUAA